CCGGGGAAACAGAUGACUGGCCCACCACGCCGGGCGGGGCUAUUUAAGAGGCAGCGGCCGCCCCCCCACCCUGAACUUGGCUCGGGCGCCGGGCUGCUCCGGUGGACUCGCUGACCGCGCCGCGUCUUCAUCCCAAGCCAUGAACCGCGGCCUGAGCCUGUGCGUGCUGAUAGCGGUAUUGGCGGUCGGCGCCCUGACGCAGCCCGUGGCUCCCUCAGAUCCCGCGGGUUCUGGGGUGCAGCGGGCAGAGGAGGCGUCCCGGAGGCAGCUGAGGGCCGCGCAGAGGACGGAUGUCGAGUCCCGAGGGCACCUGGGCGCGCUGCUGGCCAGGUACAUCCAGCAGGCUCGGAGAGCUCCUGCUGGCCGCAUGUCCAUCAUCAAGAACCUGCAGAGCCUGGACCCCAGCCACAGGAUAAGCGACCGGGACUACAUGGGCUGGAUGGAUUUUGGCCGGCGCAGUGCAGAGGAGUAUGAGUACCCGUCCUAGGGGAGCCGGCGCCCCUCCUCGGCCAGACAGGAAGCAACCUCCUGACCUUACGAAGAGGAGGCUGAAUACGAAAACAAUCACAUUGUAACUCAUUGUCACCAACGUUUGACAUCUGAAGCCUCUAUUAAGUUCUCAAUGUGAAAAAGUCUGUCUAAAUCGUCCAGUGAGUGCCCCCUCCCCCGCCAACCUCAGCCCAAUCGUGCAAAUGGAAGACCCAUGUGUGCUACAUCCGUGGCUCCCCCUCCUCAAGUGUUGCUAUGCUAUUAAAGUGAUGGCUCUCUGUC